GGACGUGGGCGGGACUGAGCGCCCAGGCCGGGCCGGGCGAGGCGCACCUCUGUGGUCCAAGUGAAGGCUCCGGGGCCGCUGGGCCACGAGGCAGGGAGACGCGAGGGCAGGAGCCAGGGCCGGGCAGCAGCAUCGGGGGCCCAGACGGCGCAGCUCAGCUGCAGCCACCAUGGAGCCAGGCAGCGUGGAGAACCUGUGUGUUGUGUACCGGAGCCGUGACUUCCUGGUGGUGAACAAGCACUGGGAUGUGCGCAUCGACAGCAAGGCAUGGUGGGAGACGCUGACCCUCCAGAAGCAGCUGCGGCACCGCUUCCCAGAGCUGGCCGACCCUGACACCUGCUACGGGUUCAGGUUCUGCCACCAACUGGACUUCUCCACCAGUGGGGCACUCUGUGUGGCCCUGAACAAGGCAGCCGCAGGCAGUGCCUACAGGUGCUUCAAGGACCGGAGAGUCACCAAGGCUUAUCUGGCUCUGGUGCGGGGGCACGUCCAGGAGAGCCGAAUGACCAUCAGCUAUGCUAUUGGCAAGAACGGCACAGAAGGCCGGACCCACACCAUGUGCAUUGAGGGCACACAGGGCUGUGAGAACCCAAAACCAAGCCUCACUGAGCUGGUGGUCCUGGAACACGGACUGUAUGCGGGUGAUCCUGUCUCCAAAGUGCUGUUGCAGCCUCUCACGGGACGGACACACCAGCUGCGCGUGCACUGCAGCGCCCUGGGCCACCCCAUCGUGGGGGACCAGACCUAUGGACAGGCCUCGAGCCAGGAGGACCAGCCCUUCCGCAUGAUGCUCCACGCCUUCUACCUGCGCAUCCCCACGUGCACCGAGUGUGUGGAGGCCUGCACGCCCGACCCCUUCGUGCCCACCCUCGAUGCCUGCUGGAGCCCCCACACCCUGGUGCAGCCACUGGACGAGCUCGUCCAGGUCCUGCGGGCUGCCCCAGACCCUGACCCCACAGAAGGGGGCCCCAGGCCCUGCAGCCCCUCCACGCCCCUGCCCGGGCCGGGCCGGCCCCCACCGCCCCCUGCCAAGCUCCCUGAGACAGAAGCACAGCGGGCCUCCUGCCUGAAGUGGCUGUCGGAGUGGACGCUGGAGCCAGACAACUGAGAGCAUCGUGCUGGGGUGGGGAUGGCAGGCUGGGACUCCAAGGGUUGGGGGCUGUGGGUCAGAGUCCUGGACCCAACCCUGCAAUGGCCAGGCCUGGAGCAGGGCCGGCAGGGCCAGCAGGGGGAGCCAGGCAGCUGCGAUUCCAGAGGAUUAAGCUCUUGGGCUGUGGGACCAACAUGGGCCUCCCUCCCAACACCCCAACCCCCACAAACUGCCCCAGAGCACCUCCCUGGUUCUAGAGCCUCAACCCCAGGAGCUUAUUUGUAGACUUCAUCGGGGUCACCCUGGAAGAGGCAGAGCCAGAACCUUGGCCCCCCUCGAGGUGGGCUCCUCCUGGGCCCCCAGCCAACACCCCAGAGCACCCUGUUCCACGCUGCUUUGCUUGGACCCUCUGUGUCCAACACCCCAGCCUGGCUGGGUUCUCCAUCUGCAGACCUCAACCCUCCUUGCUAGACCCGUCCGACCUUGUGCCUUUGCUUCUGCUAGACUCUGCCCCCUCCACCCGCAUCCUGAACGUCUCACGUGGAGGUAGGUGUGGGCCACACUCCUCAGCCCCCACCUCACGUGCCAUCCCUCCAGGCCUUCUCAGUGCUGCUCCAUGGGGUCUUCCGGGCCCCUAAUUGUGGCUGCUGCCUCCAUCACCUGCCUGGCAAUUUCCAGGCAGGACCUCAGCCUGGGAGCAAGGGCAGCCCGCCAGCCCCUGCCUCCUCCAUCCCCACAACACGGCCACGCCUCCCCAGCCAUAGCUGAGCUCUGAGAACUGGGAAUAAACGCUCAAUGACUGACCUUGCAAGUGACCAUGAAUG